AUGGAGGACAUGGGAGGGGCCUCGGUGCAGGCCCACCAAGCCCUGGCAGCUGAUGCCCAGCCGCCCCCGGGCGCCCGGGGGCUCAUCCCUGACGGUCGACACCUACUGGAUGAGGACACCUUCACCGAGAACUUCCGCAGUGAUAAUCGGCCGCCCAGGACCUACCUCUGCUACGAGGUGGAGCGUCCCGAUCGGGGCUCCGGGGUCCCUCUGGACCAGGACAAGGGCAUCCUGCGCAAUAAGAGUGCCCCGGGACCUGAGGUCCCCUGCCACGCGGAGUCCCGCUUGCUGGAGCAGAUCCAGUCCUGGGACCUGGGCCCGAAGCUCCACUAUAGGGUCACCUGCUUUCUCUCCUGGAGCCCCUGCACUGACUGUGCCCAGGACAUGGCUCAGUUCCUGAAGGAGAGCAGCCACGUGAGCCUGAGCCUCUUCGCCUCCCGCCUCUAUACCCGCGGACACUAUGACGAGGGCUUGCGCACCCUGAAGAGGGCUGGGGCCAGCAUGGCCAUCAUGACCUCCAGGGAGUUUGAGCACUGCUGGACCGCCUUCGAGCACCACAAGGGAAACCCCUUCCAGCCCUGGCCAGGUCUGGCCAUGGAGAGUGGGAAAUUCUCUGAGAAACUGCAGCGCAUUCCCCGGCUUGAGCAGCCAGGGGCUGGGAGGCCGUGCUGGGCGGGCAGCGUUGGGGCCUCGCCAGAGUGGUUCCGUGCCAAAGCAGGAAGGAGGUGGGGCCUCGGUGGAGGCGGCCUAGGAGGUCUCAGAUCCCGAGGGGGGGGGGGCUUUCCUAAAGCAAAGCCGCUGAGAAGAAUGGAGCCCUGGCGCCACCGCCCAAGAGACCCAAUGGGGUGGAUAAGUCCUGAAACCUUCUUCUUCCACUUCCCAAGCCUGCGCUACGCUUUCGGGCGGAACUCCUGCUACCUCUGCUUCCAAGUGGAAAGAGAAGGGAAGGGGCACUCCUCCUAUGACUGGGGGGUCUUUCAAAACAAGGUCUAUUUCGAGGCUCCCUACCACGCAGAAUUCUGCUUCCUCUCUUGGUUCUGUGACCAGGAUCUGUCCCCUGACGAGCAUUACCAUGUCACCUGGUUCUUAUCCUGGAGCCCCUGCCCCACCUGUGCAGAGGAGGUGGUCAGAUUCCUGAGGGAAUACAGGAACGUGACGCUGAGCAUCUUCACCGCCCGCCUCUACUACUUCUGGCGCCCAGAUUUCCAGGACGGGCUUUACAGGCUAUGGUCUGCAGGGGUCCACCUGGAUGUCAUGUCUUUUGAAGAUUAUGAAUACUGUUGGGACACCUUUGUGGACCACAAUGGGAUGCGCUUCCGGAGUCGGGAUCUAUUAAGAGAUAAUGAUUUCCUGGCCACAGAGCUUGAGAGUAUUCUUAGAACCACAAUGAAUCCACUACAACAAGAAAUAUUCUUCUAUCAGUUCGGCAACCAGCCCCGGGCCCCAAAGCCCUACCACCGGAGGAAGACCUACUUGUGCUACCAGCUGAAGCCACAUGACGGCUCCGUAACUGCCAAAGCCUGCCUUCAAAACAAGAAGAAGCGCCAUGCAGAAAUUCGCUUUAUUGACAGUAUCAUGGCACUAAAACUGGAAAAAGACCGGAGAUUUGAAAUCACCUGCUAUGUCACGUGGAGCCCCUGCCCCACCUGUGCGAAGGAACUGGUUGCAUUUGCCAGAAAACACAGCCACAUCAGCCUGCGGCUCUUUGCCUCCCGCCUGUAUUUCCACUGGCUCCAGGAGAAUAAGCAGGGGCUGAAGCAACUGCACGCAUCUGGGAUCCCAGUGGCUGUCAUGAGCUCCCUGGAGUUUGAGGACUGCUGGAGGGAGUUUGUGGACAACCAGGGCAAGCCUUUCCAGCCCUGGAACAAGCUGGAACAGUACAGUAAAAACAUAACCCGUCGGCUCCGGAAGAUCCUCAAGCAGCCGCCGCAGAAUGAUUUAGAGAAUGAAUUCAGAAAUUUGCAUCUUUGAUGACCAUCAAUCGCCUACCCCCCACCCCCCCAGCCCCCCCACCCCUCCCCGUCCCUGGAGCAUCUCAAUGCUUCAUAAACUGCUGACUUUUAGGAGCAACUUGUGAGUUCCACAGGCACACCUGAGCCUCCCCCGAGUCCAGAAAACCUUCCUUGCCUCCUUCAUUCUUUUGUUCCUCUUUUUUUUUUAAAUAAGUGGAUAUGUAUUUUUAUAACUGAAAAGAUAAAAAUAAUUUUUAGGUCUGUAAAACUUGGGUUAUUUUCUAAAAGGGAGAUCAGGACUUUCCCUCACAAAAAAUGAGUAUAAAGGACUUUUUAUCCUACUGCACCAAGAAAAAAAUGUAUUUGAGAAUUCCCUCUAAAGUCUAGAAUAGUUGGAUCAUUUUGUCAUCCCAAUAUUCUCUGUUCCUUCUGAGUAUCUACUGUGUGUCUAAAUAAAUAAGAUAAAACUGU